AUGAGAGCGUUUGUGGGAGACAAAAGGCCAGCUAAUCUGCCAAGGCGCCCACCUAAGGGCGGGGACAAGGAUGGUGGAAAUCACAGGAGAAAACGUAUGGAUGAGUCGCGAAAGUGGACGAUUAGUGCGCUGACGUCACCUUGCAUGGGUUUUUUGUUCCUUGUUUACAUUGUCAUAACUCAUGGACCCAAGACUUUGGAUACUAUACGAAGAAAUUCGCAGCAGGGUAACGGUGUUAAAGGCCUUUUAAUAAUAAAACGCUCAGCAGGUAGUAUCGUGGGUGACAUUAUCCGUGGUCUUGUCACCGGUAUCGUCAUUAGUGUCGUUGUUCGUAACACCCGUAACAAGCUUCUUAAGUUUGGUACGGUUAGUAAGCGUCGUAACGAAACAGAUAGUGAAGACUACACGGAUGAUGAAGACUAUACGGAUGACGAAGAGGACAGCGAUCUGCAGAGCAUACGAUAA